GUUUACCUAUGACGUUCGUUUUUCGGCGGAGCGAUAAGCAUUAGAUCUUUCUUUUUGGAACGCCCACCACCUUAGAGUUUCCCUCGAUCCUCCGACCUCUAUUUCAUCCAGCUUCCUUCUCCCCGGGCGAUAAUGUCCGAAAUUGUUGGCACCAUCGGCAAAUGGCUGCUAAGCUCACCUCCCGCAGAAUGGGCAAUCAGUCAGCUUAGAGAGCUGUUGAUUGGCGCCCUGAAGCAGGGACCUGUACCUCAACAUGUGGCAUUCGAGAUGGACGGAAAUAGGCGGUAUGCGCGCGGUAGGAGAAUGGAGACCAUCGAAGGCCAUCAUCAUGGCUUUGAAGCCCUUGCGCGAGUCCUCGAAAUCUGCUACAAGUCGGGAGUCCGGGUCGUCACGGUCUAUGCGUUUAGCAUCGAGAACUUCAACCGCCCUCAAUAUGAAGUAGAUGGCCUAAUGCAACUGGCCAAGGUCAAAUUGGAACAACUGACGCACCAUGGGGAUCUUCUGGACCGAUAUGGAGCCGCUGUCCGUGUCAUCGGCCAGAGAGAUCUACUCCCGCAGGAUGUCCUCGAGGUUGUCGACCGCGCCGUGAAUAUGACCACGGGAAACAAGAAGGCCAUUCUCAACAUCUGCUUCCCGUAUACAUCUCGAGAGGAGAUGGCGACCGCGAUUCGGUCCACAGUAGAGGACUACAUGACGCCGCCUGAACCCAAGUACACCGCGUUUCCUGUCUCACGCAUCACCCAGAAGAUCCUAUCGAAGCAACUAGACGAAAAAGAGGACAGGGCCGAGACUCCGACUAAGUCUCGCGACUUUUCCCCGGCACCGUCCUCUCGGUCCGACGCUGAUGACGGAACGACAUCGUCCUCUACUACCCUCCCCCCUGGGUCGCCCUCCUCGCCCCCCGAAAUACACUCUGGGGUUGACGGAAGAAGACUCCUCAAGAACCCCGAGACAAUCACGACCGAGACACUCAAUAGUCACAUGUACACGGCCGACGACCCUCCCCUGGAUAUAUUUGUGCGGACAAGCGGCGUCGAACGCCUCAGUGAUUUUAUGCUGUGGCAGUGUCACCAGGAUACCCACAUCUUCUUCCUGGACUGCUUGUGGCCCGAAUUCGAUUUGCACCACUGGAUUCCCGUUCUCCUCGAAUGGCAGUGGCGUUUGAAGCAGGUAGAGAGAGACGAACGUCCUUUAAAGAAGAGGACCCGAAAGGUGGUGAAAGCAGUCUAAGUCGCAUAUUUGCGGCGCAUUCAUUCGAGGUAAUGAUAUGGUGGAAUGCAUACUUCCACAAGAAUCAAGCACCAGUGGGCGAGAGAUGCGCGAUCUUGAUGGGCUUUUUUUUUUCGUUCCCCCCUUUUUUUUGGCUUCGGGUUUUUUUUUGUCGGGUGCCACGAGUACCUAGCCUGGUGCUUGGUUGCUC